UGUUACAAAUGCAUGAUAUGAUUAGUUCAUGAUUCUCCAAUAGGAGGCGUUAUGUCUUUCCUGUCGAACUUUUGACAAUUUACAUAACCUGAGUAUAAAUACUUUUUUAAAUAUAGCAACUUGAUGAUCUCAAUAAUAAAGCCUCAUGAUUUAUGCACAACGAAUAAAUAUUAUAGUAAUCAUAGGAAUAAAUUGCCAAUUUAUAAAGAAAGCAAUCCUUUAAAGGAAAACUAGGUUAUUAGAAUGAAUAAAUUUAAUGAAUAAAUUCUAAUAUCUAUGGUAAAUUUCCUAUAUAGUUCUAUUCCAACAUGCCUACUUUGUUGAUGCAUUCCUUGCUUAAAUCUGGUAUGUUGAAUAGUUCAAAAUCGUCAUUAAUACGGCUUUAUUCAACGAAACAAAAAGUUACAUUACCAAAAAAUCAUUAUGAUACGUUGAAGGUUACACCAAAUGCUACUCACAAUCAAAUAAAGUCUGCAUAUUAUAAAUUAACUCUUCAAUAUCAUCCAGACAAAAAUAAAAGCGAGUAUGCAAAACAGAAAUUCCAAGAUAUAUCCGAAGCCUAUGAAAUACUUGGCAAUCAUGAACUACGCAAGAAUUAUGAUCAACGUAUGAAAUUUCGACAGCGACCAGUAUCAAGUACUGUACCACCUAAUACUCCAUAUAGAGACCAGGCCCAUGUUAGACCUACAACAAUGUAUAAUUUUGAUGCAUGGAUACAGGCACACUAUGGGCGACAAUUUGAUAUGACCCAAACGUUGAAAAAAAAACGUGAAACGAUGCAAGAAAUCAGACGUGAACAGAAUGAAACAAAAUCCACUGGGGAUCCACUGGGGAUAAUAUGUGUUUUUAUAAUAAUAAUUUUUAUGGUCUGUUCUCUUGGUCGACGAAACAUAGAUGUACCACAUACUAAAAAACAAAGUACAGAUUAAUUCAUGUAUUUUAAAAUAUAUAAAUUUAUAUAGAUUCUUAUAAAUUAAAUUUUAUAGAUUUAAUUUUCUCGUUAUUCUAUUUAUUAACAUGAAAUAGAGUAUAACAAAAAGAUAGUUUAUACCUCGUUUAAUACGAUUUUUUCUCCUAUAGGAAAAUUCAAUCCACUAUAUUAGAAUAUUACUUUAUUGAUCAUUAUUUUUACAAGCAUUCAUUUAUAUAAAUUACAUAUUCAUUUUAUACAUGUAUAUAUAUUUAUUUUACAAUACACAUUUAUUGUUCUGUCAAAAUAAUGAAAAUUGAUUGUGUACUAUCAUCAAACAUGUAGUAAAGGAUUAAGGUAAAGUGUAAUGAUAUACAAAUAUGCAGUUUGUGUGUUACAUAAUAUGUAUUAUACAUGUAAUAUAAAAAUAGUGAAAAAUUAAUUUGUAAAAGGAAUUGUAUGUAAAAUACUUUAAAGUGAAAUAUUUUGUGCCAUGUCGAAUGAAGCAAUAUAUUUUAAAAAC